AUGUCAGAAGAAAAAUGUCCUGUAGAUCAUUCAACCAGGGAGGCCUGGAUUAAGCAAAAUGAAAAAUCGAAGGCUGCUACUGCACAAACUCCAGACGCUUGCCCCGUUGAUCACAGUAACCGUUCUACUUGGUUGAAGAAGAUUUCUAGUGCACCCGAGGCAAUAGAAGUCCCCGCUGCUGCUCCAGGAUCAGAAACAUGUUCUUCAGACAAAUUGUCGAACAAGCUCGAAGACUCGAUUGCAUCGUCUUCCUCUUCCAAUCUUUCCAAAGAGAGAGAGAUAUCGUCUAUUCCUAGAACGAACUCUGAGUCCAAUUGGAUAUACCCAUCGCAAAAGCAGUUCUUUGAUGCCAUGAAGAGGAAGAACUGGAACCCAGAUGAAGAUGACAUGCAUACUGUCGUCCCCAUCCACAACGCCGUGAACGAGAAGGCAUGGCUGCACAUAAUAAUGUGGGAGCGUGCUUACUACGAGGAUGCCAUGAAGCAGUGUGGAGGGAUCAAGUUGACCAGCUUCAAGGGAGAUCUGAAGAAGUUGACACCGAGAGCAUGGCUCAACUCCACGUUCUUCGGGUACGAGAAGCCCUUCGACAGGCACGACUGGACCGUUGACAGGUGCGGAGUCGAGGUGCCCUAUGUGAUCGAUUUCUACGGGGGGAAUGGUCCAGGAGCCAGCUUCUUCUUGGAUGUGAGACCAAAGAUUAACUCGUGGGAAGGUUUCAAGUUAAGGAUGGGUAGAGCCAUGGGGUUAUGCUGA